AUGGCUCUGAAGUUCAAUGCUCUCACCUUUCAAUACCGGAAGUACCCUUCUUUUGCUUUUCCACCAAUUGCCGGCGUCAGAUCUCCCAAGUUUUUUAUGGCGUCGACCCUUAGGUCGGGCUCAAAGGAGGUUGAGAAUCUCAAGAAACCUUUUAGCCCUCCACGAGAGGUUCACGUUCAAGUGACACACUCUAUGCCAACUCAAAAGAUUGAGAUCUUCAAAGCUAUGGAGGAUUGGGCUGAGCAGAACAUAUUGGUUCACCUGAAGCCAGUAGAGAAAUCUUGGCAACCACAGGAUUUUCUGCCGGAUCCUGCUUCUGAGGGAUUUCAUGAUCAAGUCAAGGAACUAAGGGAGAGGGCAAGGGAGAUUCCAGAUGAUUACUUUGUUGUUUUGGUGGGAGAUAUGAUCACAGAAGAAGCCCUUCCAACUUACCAAACAAUGCUUAAUACUUUGGAUGGAGUUCGAGAUGAAACAGGUGCGAGCCCCACAUCUUGGGCAGUUUGGACAAGGGCUUGGACUGCUGAAGAGAACAGACAUGGUGACCUCCUUAAUAAGUAUCUCUAUCUAAGUGGACGGGUCGACAUGAAGCAAAUUGAGAAGACGAUACAGUAUCUGAUUGGGUCAGGAAUGGAUCCACGGACAGAAAACAGUCCUUAUCUUGGAUUCAUCUACACAUCAUUCCAAGAACGGGCUACUUUUAUCUCCCAUGGUAACACUGCCAGACUUGCGAAGGAGAAUGGGGACAUAAAGCUGGCUCAGAUUUGUGGAACAAUUGCAUCAGACGAGAAGCGCCAUGAAACUGCCUACACCAAAAUAGUUGAAAAGCUAUUGGAGAUUGACCCUGAUGGAACUGUCCUGGCUUUUGCUGACAUGAUGAGGAAGAAAAUUUCUAUGCCAGCUCACUUGAUGUAUGAUGGCCGUGACGACAACCUUUUUGAGCAUUUCUCAGCUGUUGCUCAGCGUCUCGCUGUCUACACUGCAAAAGACUAUGCAGAUAUAUUGGAAUUUUUGGUUGGCAGAUGGAAAGUGGCGGAUCUAACUGGACUGUCUGCAGAGGGGCGAAAAGCUCAGGAUUAUGUUUGUGGUUUGCCUCCAAGAAUUAGAAGGCUGGAGGAGAGAGCUCAAGGAAGGGCCAAAGAAGCAGCCAGCGUUCCGUUUAGCUGGAUCUUUGAUAGACAAGUGAAGCUCUGA